AUGGCUGUGUCUUCUCCAGAUGAGGCCAGGAGAGCUACCAAGUCAGAAGAAGAUGCUGACAGUCCUGCCCAAGCCCAGCAUGCGACCAGUACUGAGGAACCGAACGCGAUGCACGGUUUCAAGCUCUUUGCCAUUUUCGUAGGCAUAUGCUUCGGCGCGUUCCUGAUGUCCUUGGAUAUUUUCGUCAUCGCAACUGCCAUCCCAUCCAUCACGUCCGACUUCAAGGAUACGUCGCAAUUGGCCUGGUAUCCGGCUGCCUACUCACUCACAACAUGCGCAUUGACUCCGCUAGCAGGAAAGCUAAGCUCAACGUUUCCGCUCCGUUGGAUCUACAUCUCAUUCUUCUCCAUAUUCCUAGUCGGCAGCCUCGUCUGCGGCUUUGCGCCAAAUAGCAACACCUUCAUCGCGGGUCGCGCAAUCGCAGGUAUCGGGGCAUCCGGUGUCGCAAGUGGCGGCUUCGUGAUCGUUCUCACCGUUUCUCCCGAGAAAUCGAAACCACUGCUGCUAGGCAUAUGCAGCAGCUGCUUCGCUAUGGGUCUAAUCCUAGCACCCGUCAUCGGCGGCGCGUUCACGGAGAAGGCUACCUGGCGGUGGUGUUUCUGGGUUAAUCUUCCCCCCGGUGCUCUGACGUUGCUCUCUAUGCUGUGCUUCUUCAAACCCCCGUCCAUACAGCGCGAUCGGACCGUUGUCCAGCGAAUCAUGGACCUGGAUCUCAUCGGGUGUGCGAUUUUCAUUCCGGCUAUCUUCAUGCUGCUUCUUGCUAUGAUGUGGGGUGGUACGGAGAAGGAUUGGGACUCAGCGACAAUCAUCGGGCUGUUUGUGGGCUCCGGUGUGAUGCUUAUCCUAUUUGUUUGCUGGGAAGGCUAUAAAGGCGAGGGCGCGAUGAUACCGGCGAAUGUCAUCGUCAGACGGACAGUCACGUUCAGUGUCUUGUUUUCUUUCUGCCACUUCGGCUCUCUCGGUAUCUUGAACUACUAUCUCCCUGAAUGGUUCCAGGCCGUGCAAGGCGCGAGUCCGUUGCAAAGUGGUACGCGGGUUUUGGCUGCGGUGCUUUCUCAAAUAGUCGGAACCCUGUCUGCUGGUAUUCUCGCACGAAGAAUCCACUACUACAACCCGUGGCUCUACGUGGGCCCCCUCUUCAUGUGCACCGCCGCAGCCCUAUACACGCAAUUCUCAACAUUCAACACCCCAUCCAGCCACUGGAUCGGGUUCCAAGUCAUCCAGGGUCUCGGCGUCGGCAUAGCGCAGCAAAUGCCAUCGCUCAUAGUCCAGCAAGCCGUGCGCGACAAGCCAGAGCUCAUGCCCGUCGCGGUAUCUCUGAAUCUCUUCCAGUACCUCGGCGCCACAGUCACGCAGGUCCUUGGCGGUAUUGUGUUUCGUUCGAUUCUGGCUCCUGAAUUGGCAAACCAUGCUGGUUUGAAUGCCCAGCAGAUUGCGCUGCUGUCUGCUGCUGGGACGGCGAAUGUGCGUGGUACUGCGGAGCAGAGGUUUCCGGAUUUGUUGAACUUGGUUUUGGAGGCGUAUAAUACGGCUAUUACUUCGACUUUUUUUGUUGCUGUUGCUACGACAACUGCAGCAUUCUUCCUGGCUUUCGGAGUUAAGUGGGAGAGAAUUACCGACAAAAAGACGACUGACCCGGAGGAGGCUGAGGCUGAACAGCAGUAG